GAAGCCUAUGGGAUGGCUUUAGGGCUCUGCCCCUUGCUUUUGGCUCUCUCUCUCUCUCUUUCUCAUUCUCUCUCGUGCUUUGAUCUCUGCUUAACAACAGUAACGUCACAGGGACUAUACAGGAGAGUUUUGUUGGAAGUUAGAAAGUUUUGCAGCCUCCAGAGGGCUGUAGCGGCAGUAGCAGAAGCAGCAUCCAAGGGACUCCUGGAAGGGGAAGAGAGAGAGCGAGCGAGCGACUGACUCAGUCCUGCUGCAGAAAACUGACUCGAGACGACGGAGGCAGACAUGGAACAUCAGCUGCUGUGCUGCGAGGUGGAGACCAUUCGACGAGGCUACCUGGAUGCCAACCUCCUCAAUGACAGGGUGCUGCAGACAAUGCUGAAGGCGGAGGAGACCUGCUCGCCCUCCGUCUCCUACUUCAAGUGCGUGCAGAAAGAAAUCUUGCCAUAUAUGAGGAAAAUAGUUGCCACUUGGAUGUUGGAGGUUUGCGAGGAGCAGAAGUGCGAAGAGGAAGUUUUCCCCUUGGCUAUGAAUUAUUUGGACAGAUUUUUGUCGUUUGAACCUCUCAAGAAAAGCCGAUUGCAAUUGCUGGGAGCUACCUGCAUGUUUGUGGCUUCAAAAAUGAAGGAAACUAUUCCUCUGACCGCAGAAAAACUGUGCAUUUAUACAGAUAACUCCAUUAGACCCGACGAAUUACUGCAAAUGGAGCUGCUUCUGGUGAAUAAGCUGAAAUGGAAUCUGGCUGCAAUGACCCCCCACGAUUUCAUUGAACAUUUCCUUACUAAAAUGCCUCUGGCAGAGGACACCAAGCAGAUCAUCCGUAAACAUGCUCAGACUUUUGUGGCUCUGUGCGCUACAGAUAUUAAAUUUAUUUCAAACCCACCUUCCAUGAUUGCAGCUGGCAGUGUGGUAGCAGCUGUGCAAGGCCUGCAUCUGGGGAACACUAACACUUUCCUCUCCUAUCAAUGCCUCACACAUUUCCUAUCACAAGUUAUCAAAUGUGAUCCGGAUUGUUUACGAGCCUGCCAAGAACAGAUUGAAUCCCUCCUUGAAUCCAGUCUACGCCAGGCACAGCAGCACAACGUAUCUUCAGAAACAAAGACUGUAGAGGAUGAAGCAGACCUUUCCUGCACACCUACUGAUGUGCGAGAUGUGAACAUUUAAGAGGACUUCUUCUAAUGGGUUUGCUUGGCGAGAAAAGCAAAGAAAGGGCAUCUGAGAAGGAAUCAGCAUCAGGAUCUUCCCCCCAGAAACCCUUUUCUCCAGGACAUUUUUAUACCAGAAGGGAAAACCAGUCUUGCUAUAUUUUUUCUUGCUCUGUCUCCCUUCCAUCUGUGACUUCAAACAAACAAAUAAACAACAACAAAAAAAAACACACCCCAAAAACUGUCUUAAAAAAAGAAAAAAAUAGUAUUUGCAUUACCCCCAGGGGUUUGUGCUACAAAAAUAGAGGAUUUUAUACAAUAAUAAUCAACUAGUUUUUAUAUUAAAGUGUUCUUGUCUGUAUGUUGUAAAAAUAGGCAUUAACACACAAAAUGUCUCCAGGGGAGGUAUUAGAUUUGAUUUCUUACAUAUAAAACCAACCAACCAUUUUUAAAGUAGAAGAGGGUUUUUUUUUUUUUAGAUAGUAAAUGAAAUAUUCUUUUGGUUUUUGUUUUUCCUUUAAAAAGCAUAGCUUUAAUGCAGUUCUAGGCUUUUCUGUAUCUUGCUUGCUUGUGCAUUUAGUCACUUUAUAAUUCAUCUGUAAAUGUUUAUUUUAUUUCCUUAGUUGGUUUUUUUUUUUAUCCUCUUCACCUUAUAAAUGGUUAACGUAACCCGUAAGUUAGUGUAUGUUAGUAUGCAGCAUUAUUAUAUGUUAACCUUUUUUUUUUUUUUUUUGUGCCUGUGGAUUGCCUGUGCAUAAGGCAUUUGUAGGGAUCCAGCUUAGCAUUGUUGGGAAAGGCCAAUGUACUACUCAUACGAUACUCUAUUAUAAAGAGAAACUGCAAUAGUGACAUAAUAUAUUCUAUUUUUGUAAUCUUCAUAUUUUUGUAGUUACCUGUGUAAAAUGCUGGUCUGACCCCACAGAUACACAGCCUAAUUAUGGUCAGGUUCAAUCCACAGUUUUAGUCUUUUGUUUGUUUGUAAUAUUCUAAAACCAUUCCAUUCAAAGCACUUUCAGUCCAUUAGAUAUAGGAAAUACAUUCUUUUAUUGUGUGGGAAUUUAUUUUGGUUUUUUUUUUUUUUGUUUCGUUUUGUUUUUUAAUGGAAUGGUUUGGAAAUAUAUAAGUGCUUGUUGGCAAACUUGGAAUUGCAAAGCAAGUGCAUUUAACUAUGGUGUUAGAGGAGAGGUGAUUUUUUUUUUGUUUCUUUCCGAAGGUUGCGUUCCAGUGAGAGAAAUUGCAUCCACAAAUUGCCAGGAUAUCUGCCUAUCCUUUUCUAUAGAAAAGUUGAAGUUUAGAAAUCCUUUGGUGCCAACUCAUCUUUAUAAAAUUAGGGGGCCUUAAAGGUUCACAUGAUAGGACACGUAGUUUUUAAGGAUUGUCGCUAGAUGUUUUACAGCUGAAGGUUUUUAAACACUAAAAUAUAUAAUUUAUAGUUAAGGCUAAAAAGAAUAUUUAUUGCAGAGGAUGUUCGUAAGGCCAGUAUGAUUUGUAAAAAUAAUGCAAUCGCCCCUUCUUUUUUGAAAAAAAUGAUCUUUCUACCCUUGAUGUUGCAGUUUUAACACAGCUUACUGAUGAAAAAAAGACACUCUUCAAAGAACAAACCCAAAAACAAAGCAGUUUGUUUGGCCCCUUCCUGUACAUUUCUCAAAAAGCAGGCUGACCAUGAGAACGCCAUAGUUAAGAAGAUAAGAAAAUUGGAGUACUUGAAAGAAGUUCUUAUUCCAGUAUAUGCCCCAUUUUUCUUUAUUUAGCUACCAAUAGAAAAUUUGCACAUCUUGGCUAUGUAUCUUUUUUAUUAUUAUUAUUUUAGAAAGUAGCUGAAGGGACGUGGACAUAGCUGUUGAAGUUGAUGCUCGAGGAGAAUGUGAUGGUGAAACGUAUGUGAGAAAACUGCCGCUGAGGUGUUGAUUGUAAAAAAAACAACCCAACAACAAACAAACACAAAACAGCAAAAAAAAAAAAAGAGAAAAAAACAAC